GGCGCGGGGGUGGGGAUGGGGGUGUCGUGCGACCCCGGGUCCUUGUCCCGCGGCCGCCGCUGCCUCCGGGGGCGCGCGGGCCGCCGCGGCUGCCGGGGCUCCGGGGCUCCGCGGCCGCUGACAGCUCGUCGGGCGGGGUCCGCGCGCGCGGCACCGGGGUCUCCGCGGCACACGCCCGGCCAGGUGUGGCCGAGAGACCGCGCUGCGGCCGGGGAAGUUCUGUCCCGGGGGCCUUGGCCGCUUUUGCAAGGUCUUUCAGAAAGACCCCCGGGGUAUCCUCACGCCCAGUUCUCGUUGGAGAGCGUCUCCCACGUCUCAGGGAGCUCAAAACUGAGAAGCUCAAGGCUGAUUUCUUCAUCAUUUUCCUGCCAAGAGCUUUCAUUGUUGAGGUUCCUCAGUGCUGAACUAACAAGAGGGUACUUCCUUGAACAUAAUGAGGCCAAGUAUACAGAAAGAAGAGAAAGAGUAUACACUUGUAUGCGAAUACCAAGAGAAUUGGAAAAGCUCAUGGUUUUUGGAAUCUUUCUGUGCCUGGAUGCAUUUCUGUAUGUGUUCACCCUGCUUCCUUUAAGAGUUUUCCUGGCACUAUUCAGGCUCUUCACUCUGCCUUGCUAUGGCUUAAGGGACAGACGUUUGCUUCAGCCUGCUCAGGUGUGUGACAUCCUGAAGGGUGUCAUUUUGGUAAUCUGCUAUUUCAUGAUGCACUACGUUGACUACUCCAUGAUGUAUCACCUGAUAAGGGGGCAGUCAGUCAUCAAGCUGUACAUCAUCUACAAUAUGCUCGAGGUAGCAGAUCGUCUGUUUUCAUCGUUUGGACAAGAUAUAUUAGAUGCUCUCUACUGGACAGCAACAGAGCCUAAAGAAAGAAAAAGAGCCCAUAUCGGAGUGAUUCCUCACUUUUUCAUGGCCGUUCUCUAUGUCUUUUUGCAUGCAAUUCUCAUCAUGGUUCAAGCGACCACUCUCAACGUGGCUUUUAACUCACACAACAAGUCACUGCUCACCAUCAUGAUGUCUAAUAAUUUUGUUGAAAUUAAAGGAAGUGUUUUCAAGAAGUUUGAAAAGAACAAUCUUUUUCAAAUGUCUAAUAGCGAUAUUAAGGAACGAUUCACGAAUUAUGUGCUUUUGCUAAUUGUGUGUCUAAGAAACAUGGAGCAGUUUUCUUGGAAUCCAGAUCACCUCUGGGUGUUGUUUCCAGAUGUCUGUAUGGUGAUUGCAUCAGAAACUGCUGUGGAUAUUGUAAAACAUGCCUUUAUCACCAAGUUCAAUGACAUUACUGCAGAUGUCUACAGUGAAUAUAGAGCCAGCCUUGCUUUUGACCUUGUUAGCAGCCGACAGAAAAAUGCGUAUACUGAUUACAGUGACUCUGUGGCACGGAGGAUGGGGUUCAUUCCUCUCCCACUAGCUGUUUUACUCAUCAGAGUCGUCACAAGCUCCAUUAAAGUGCAAGGAAUCCUGUCGUAUGCCUGCGUCAUACUCUUCUAUUUUGGGUUGAUCUCCCUGAAAGUCCUUAAUAGCAUCGUGCUGUUGGGGAAGUCAUGUCAGUAUGUGAAGGAGGCCAAAAUGGAAGAAAAGUUGUUCAGUCCUCCUCCGGCCAGCACAUCAGGCAAACCACCCCAUAAGUCACAGAACAAAUGUAAACCCUCUCAAGAAGAAAACUUGUCUGCUUCGGUCACCAGCCAGCCUGUUCAUCCGAAAGAAAACGUCAUACCCUUACUUGUCACGAGCAGUUCUGAUCAGUUUCUGACGACUCCAGAUGGUGAUGAGAAGGACAUAACACAGGAAAGCUCUGAAUUAAAGCACAGAUCCUCAAAGAAAGAUUUGCUGGAGGUAGACAGGUUCACAAUCUGUGGAAACCGAAUCGACUGAGCUCUGCAGCCAAGUCCUGGGGCAGGAGACGCUCUGCUACUGGGAUGGACAGAUGCGAAAACUGGCACUUAAAUAUUUAUUUAAAAACUUAAAUUAUUAAUGGAAAGCGAAUCUUAAUAUCUUUCUUCCGGUGACGUGGUCUGGCUGAAGGUCAGGUCACAGAACAGCAGCGACCUCCAGCCUGGACUCUGGAACCUGACGGGUGAGGAGGAGCCCCCGGCUUGGCAGAGGGCAGUCACUUCUGGGCCUCACGGGGGCCACCUCCCAAUCACUUUGCCGUAUCCGUCCGCGCUUCCAGAACCUCGAAUUCUCCCUCGAGGCCUCUUCCAUACAAGGAUACACCUGGAAAACUGUGAAGCUUCUGCCAUGACAUUACCUUUCCAGCUCAUACUGUUUUCACAAACAGGUUUCAGACUUGACUUCAUCUGCCAAAGCAUUAAAAAAAAAAAAAAAAAAAAAGGUUAAAACUUAAGUCAAGAUAAAUGUUCUUACCACCAGAAUAAUCCUUGAAGAUGUAUCUGAAUUAAUCAGAAUAAAAGGCUACCUAAAAUAAUUCAUGGUGAAUAGUAGCAUUUUAUAGGAAGAAACCCUAAGCCAGUUUGUUUAUUUACAAAAUAUUCAUUAAUGAAAGUUCUGCAUCACAGAGAAAACGUUUCAUGAUUUUCCAGUUUCCUCUUUAAAGCAAAAUGUGAGCUGUGCGUUGUUCAAUUGCAAUGGAGAGAAUAGAAAUACCCUUACGAAAAGGCACUUUUUAUACUGAAAAGGCAGAGCAGUGUUAACUUUCAUGUAUCGUUAACCGGUUUCGCUUUAAAACUAAUUGCUUCACAAAUUGUUACAGUUAAAAGGAUCGGAUGUCGAGUGGGCUGCAGGAUUGUCACUGUAUAAAACCCGAAGGUUUUUAAGGUGUCCACUUGAACUGAGUUUUUAAAGUGACCGUUUUAAAGUAAAUAUUCUAAGCGGUUUGGGCAGCAUCUUGCUUGGGCUUAAAAAACGCGUCAGUCUUUCUGACUGGAGUGUCCGUGGGUGUGCCCGAGCUGGGGGUGCCCGUGGGCUCGGGGCCUGUGGGCCACUGUCUGUGUGGGGAGACCUUUGUGUCUGGGCGCUGGGAACAGCAGCCAAAGGUGCUUCUUGGUUUUGUUUGAGAUCAAGAUUCCAUUUCUGUUUAACUACUAGUUUGUGGCCUACAGCAGAGGACAAGUUAUUCCCCACCAGUUUUAUCUCUUGGAACCUUUCUGCAUUUUUAUAAAAAUUUUACAGCGUCUCAUUUCAGAAUGUCCAGAUGUUCUACUGUUCACUAUCAUUUCCUUUGAUGUUUUCAUUUGGAAGUUCAGCUGUUGUGCUGGUAUUUCAGGCAUGUGACCUGCAGAAAGUAAUUUUAGGGGAUUUCUCUAUUUCCUGGGUGAAAUGUAAAGCAAGCUUUAACGUUUGGCUUCUUCAUGAGAAAUAUGGAAGUGGAUUUUAAUGUUUUGCAUCAGCUAAGGAAAUCUGAAGGUUAAUGUUCACAUAGGGUAGAAAAGAAAGUCCUCCUGAAAUACUUUGGUGAAACCAGGAAGUAUUUUAAGUUAAAAAUGAAAAGACUUUUGUGUAUGUUUCAAUGAAGCCCCAUUUGAGAAUUCUACUUUUUUUCUAUCCCCUCUUCACCACCAAAAGGAACAGUGUCCAUGUGAAUGGAAUAGUUUGGGGGGGAACUUUGCCAAAUGUAGCCCUGAUCCGUGCAAGAAUAUGAUUUGGGUAUAUCCUUCCACUCAGCUUGAAUUAGCCUGUUAUUAUUGUGCUGUCAUUUUCGGAAGAUUUCAUUUCCUUUGCAGGAUAUAUUGGGAGUUGGGAAUGAUGUUCAUUUCUUCUGCUAAAAUGGCAUUCAAUACUAAUUUUAUAAGUGCAUCUUGUGUGAAACUCAAUAAAUUCAAUUUUGUAAUCUUUUUUAAAAA